AUGAGUUCAGAACUAAAAGUGAAUACGGGCGGAUGCCACUGCGGCAGAGUGAGAUGGCGAGUCGAAGCACCGAGCAGUGUCGUGGCUUGGAAGUGCAACUGUUCUUACUGUUCUAUGAGAGGAAUCAUCUCCUUCAGUGUUCCGUCCGACAGAUUUGUACUUUUCGGCGACACCCAACGGAACCUUACCUACAGUUUCGGAACACACACAGCAGAGCAUCCAUUCUGUAAUGUCUGCGGCAUAACUUCAUUCUACAGGCCGCGGUCGAAUCCGGAUAGAGUUGCGGUUGCAUUCAGAUGUACAGAUUCAGGGACAUUAAGGGAUAUAGAAAUCAAGAAUUAUGAUGGUCAAAAUUGGGAAAGGUCUUAUCAUCAGACGGGUAUUGGUUCAAGUCCAAGGAAUUGA